AUGCUGGCCUGCGUGUACAAAUCCGAGGCGUGCGUGAGGAUCCUCAUGGUGCUGGGGGCGAACCCCUUCCAGCUGGACUGCCUCGGCCGUGGCGCCCUGCACUAUGCCGCAUUAGUCAGCGCCGCGGACUGCAUCAACGAGCUGCUGUCUGGUUACACGGGCCCGCGGGACGGCUGGGUGUACUGCGAGCCCAACACGCGGGACACCCGGCUGGUGGACAUGAGGUCUGUGUUUGGGUACACUGCCCUGCACUACGCGGUGUUUGCGGAAAAGAUGGACGCCGUCAAGGCGUUGGCGUCGUACGAACCGACCCUCACCAUAGUCAACACAGACGUCGAGCCGCUCAUCAGCGUCGGCAUCGGCAACACCCCCCUGCACCUGGCCGCCUACGUGGGGUCACUCGAGAUGGUCAAGGCGCUCCUGGCGAUCCACAUGCAGAUGAUGAGCGCGGGGCAGGAAGUCAUGCAGGCGGGCAACCAUCAGUGGGGCCAGCGGUACAAUGCCGACAUCCGCCACGUGCGCAACCGCCGCGGGCUGAUGGCGUUCCACGUUGGAGUGCUGCGGCACGGCGAGAGGCUCAACGAGUGCGCGCCUCCGCCGCCGCCGCCGCUGCCGCCGCCGCUGCGCCGAAUCCCCGCCCGCGGGCGCCGCAGCUGCCGCAUUGAAGUGCUGCUGCAUCCAGAUGUGCCGUACACCUUCAUAUUCAAUAAUGAGGACAUGGCCGGGGGCGCCGUGCGCAUGUUUGGGCCCCCAAAGCUGGCCGUCCUCGCGGCGGGCGCCCUGCAGGGGAAGCUGCUCGCCGACCUGGCGGCGGUCACGGAAGCCGCCGAGAAGGCGGCCGAGGCGGCCGGCCUCGACCUGGACUGCGAGCCCGCCGCGGCAGCGGCGCCGGAGUGCAGUCCAGGGACGCCGGCGCCGAGCGUCGAGGGGGCGCUGGCAGAGGCGGGGGCGGCCGUUGACGCGUGCGUGUCAGUAGACAGCGCGAGGCGCGCGGCGGCGGCGGCGGACGCGAUAAGCAGGAAUUUGGAGGCCCUCCGGGUGUCAGCGUUUGCGUCCGCGUCGAGCGCCCUGCCGGCGUUCAGCGUGGCGAGCGCGUCGCUGGCUUCCGACGCGGGCGCGUCGCUGACCCCGACGAGCGACGCCGGCGCCGCGGCCGCGCUGGCGCCGGCGGCGUCGGCGCCGCUGCAGCUCCCGCCGCCGCUGCAGCAGCAGCGGCAGCAGCAGCAGCAGGACGCCGCGGCGGCGGCGGCGGCGGCGCUGGUUGCGCAGCAGCUGCCGGCCGAUGCGCAGCAGCUGGCGUGCGCGGGGACGGCGCCGACGCUCGCGGCGGCCGGCACGGGCGGCGCCAGCAGGCAUGGCUCCAUUCCCUCAAUUUCUGGGGCGUCCGAGAGCGCGGUCAGGCAGGCGCGCUUCCUCGCGGCGGCGCGCAUCGCCGCGCUCGGCGCGGCCGCGCGGCGCGCGAGCCUGACGCGCGCCCGGGGCAGCAUGGGCGGCGGCGGCGGCGGCGGCGGCGGCAGCAGCGCGGCGGCAUCGUUUUCAGAGUUGGUGGCCGGCGGCGCUGGGGCGGGGGGCCAGCGGGGGAGCCUGAUUGGCUCCAGGGGGAGCGGGCGUCUAAGCAGGAGCGGCUCAGCGCUGCAGCGCGGCCUGCAGCAGCACGCGCAGUUGCUGCAGCGGCAGCAGCAGGAGGAGGGGGACGACGGCGCCGACGACCUCGACGCUGCGGCGGCCGCCGCCGCCGCCGCGCUGGGCCUGGGUCUGACUGACAACGCCGCGGCCGCCGACCAGCUCGCCGGCGCCGGCGCCGACGGCAGCGGCGGCGGCAGCAAGCAGGGGGACAGCGGCGGGGGCGGUGCGUUCCCCUCGACGGACUCAGCAGCGGGGGAGGUGCCGGGGGCGGCGGCGUCGGGGCGGCCGGAAGUGGAACAGGCGCUGGGGGAGGGGGGCGCCCUCGAGGCCGUGCUCGGCGGCCGCGGCUUGGGGGCGCGGCCCGAGGAGGUGCAGCGCACGUACCGGCUGCUGCUGCUCGCCAACGGGGUCGACAGCAUCGCAGCGUGGCCGCUGCGAGGGCCGCGGCGCGUUCUGAAGGUCUUCGAUUGA